UGCGAUGUGUCAAUUUUCGUAAUUAAAAUAGGCUAUUUAAAAUAAAUAACGUUCCUUUAAUGUUUAGAGUUAAUUUAAAAUUUCCACCAGAUUUUAUUAGAUUAUCAGACGCCCAUUAUAAAGCCCACUCAGCUUUCCCAGCAGCCAUGAACGUCCGAUAGCAUAAAGGUGAUAUGUGGCAGCGGCUAUUUAAGCUAGCUUGUACAGCUCAAGGCUGUUGGAAGAUGCUUUUGAAAUCAGGAACACAGCAGAAUUGGUAGGUGGUGACAAGUGACACAACCCAGCCUACUCACCUGCCAAUCAGUGAGCCUGGCCUUUGUUUACCUGCUCCUCAGGUAGUUUGUAAGCAGGUAAGGUUGGGGGGGCGGGGUCAGAGCCUCACACGGGAUAGGAGAGAUGCCUGUGGAGGGCGGAAGCAGCAGCGGCUCGGCUUCGGCCGCACGUCACCCCAAGCAGAAGCGCAAGGCACACAGUUUGUCCAUCCGGCGCACCAACAGCACAGAGGAGCGGCCACCGGGCAUCCUGAGAGGAGACAUGCUGGAGGGACAGGACUCCAAGCUGCCCCUCGCCUUGCGGAACAACCUCCUUGACCUGUUUGGCCAGAUCGAACGGGAGUUUGAGAAUCUGUACAUUGAAAACCUUGAAUUGCGCCGGGAAAUCGACUCUCUCAACGAGCGUCUGACUGGAGAUGGACAGGCCAUCGAGGGGGGAGACCCCUCCAAGGGAGCCCUCAAAGCCAAAGCCAGCCACAGCACCAGUCAGCUGUCACAGAAGCUGAAGACAACCUACAAAGCCUCCACCAGCAAGCGCUUGUACGCUUUCCAGGGCAAAAUAGGCGGAGCUCGCAACUUCAGCGUGCCCACCUGGGAGUUGUGGGGCGGAGAUUCAUGGAUCGUCUCCAGCUUCAAAGCCACCACCGGCUCCCGCGCCCUGUGCCAGCUCCUCAAGGAGUACAUCGGCCACCGGGACGGCAUCUGGGACCUCAGCAUCACCCGGACUCAGCCAGUGGUGCUCGGCACUGCCUCUGCCGAUCACUCAGCUCUGCUGUGGAGCAUAGAGACGGGAAAAUGUCUGCUGAGGUAUGCAGGCCAUGCAGGAUCAGUCAACUCCAUCAAAUUUCACCCCACCGAGCAGAUGGCACUCACAGCCUCCGGAGAUCAGACGGUUCACAUCUGGCGCUACAUGGUGCAGCUCCCGGCGCCGCAGCCGCCACCAGAUGUCAGCGCUCCGUGCGACGACGACCAGGACUCAUCUGACAGAGAAGAAGGCGAGGUGGACGGAGACGGCCCCUCUGAGGUCCCUACGGUCCGCGUUGCCACAGCAACCCUGAAGAGCCACCAGGGCGUGGUGAUCGCGGCCGACUGGCUGGUGGGAGGCCGGCAGGUGGUGACGGCUUCGUGGGACCGCGCCGCCAACCUGUACGAGGUGGAGACGUCCGAACUGGUUCACACUCUGACCGGCCAUGACCAGGAGCUGACCCACUGCUGCACCCACCCCACCCAGCGCCUGGUGGUCACCUCAUCCAGGGACACCACCUUUAGACUGUGGGACUUCAGGGACCCGUCCAUCCACUCUGUCAACGUCUUCCAGGGACACACAGACACUGUGACGUCCGCUGUCUUCACCGUGGGGGACAACGUCGUCUCUGGAAGUGACGACCGCACCGUGAAGGUGUGGGACCUGAAGAACAUGCGGUCGCCCAUAGCAACCAUCCGCACCGAUUCGGCCGUAAACAGGAUAAGCGUCUCGGCCAACCAAAGGAUCAUCGCCCUGCCACACGACAAUCGACAAGUCCGCCUGUUCGACAUGAGCGGAGUGAGGCUAGCCCGACUUCCACGCAGCAACCGGAUGGGUCACAGGCGAAUGGUGUGCUGCACAGCGUGGAACGAGGAGAACCAGGCGUGCAACUUGUUCACCUGUGGCUUCGACCGGCAGGCCAUCGGCUGGAACAUCAACAUCCCCGCCCUGCUGCAGGAGAAGUGACCCAUCCAGAGCCCGCCCUUAUUAUUUAGCAUGGACUGUGAUUUGUGCCAUUUCUGUGUGGAAUUACAUGUUUGGUUUUGUGUGUGUGUGUGUGUGUGUGUGUGUGUGUGCGCGCAGACGGCCGCUCAUGUCACCGUUUUUUUUUUUUUUUUUAGUCAUUGCCAAAUAGCUUCUCCUGCAUGCUAGACGACCUCGGUUUGCAGACGCUGCUUCAAAAGCAAGCGGAGAACAAUCUGAAGAGUAUGUAUAUAAGAUGUUGUGGCCUGAUUAAGUGACAGAUUCAGUGUCUUAGCCGCCUUCUGGGAGGUGCAGUUUGUUAAAUAUGGCAGAGAUGUGAGAUGUUUUUAUCCUUCCGGAGCGUUUCCUGUCACAGAACCAAACAUAUCGCGACGUACGUCUGCCAAACGGAGAGCUCAGUAGACGGAGAUCCCGCCUCCUCUCUUCAGUUCACGGUUAGCCUUCGUGUUUCCAGAUCUCACUUUCUGUUACUUGCCUUGUUCUAUGUUUACAUAGGAGAUUUUUUUAAUAUAUAGACAGAGAUUUAUUCUGGCAGGACGAAGAGAUGUUGAAGAGCGAAGCAAUAAUGGGGAAACGACGGCACUUAUCCAGUCCACAAAUCCUCCAGCUGUCUGUGAGAGUCAUUAGAAAACCCAAAGUGUUGCUGCUCUAGAGGCCCACAUAAGUUUGCGUACGGUAAUCAUGCAGUAGAGCAGGAUGGAGGGUUUUUAAAAACAAUUGGGUGUACUAGCUUGAAUUUACAGAGUUUUCAAUGUCGUCUACGCCACAUUGGGAGAUGGAUAGUUUUCUGGUACAAACUCUGCAUUAAAGCAGGUCAUGGACAGAGGUUUGACUUGUUUGUACGCCAGUCGGCUCUAUCCAGUCAUCUGGUCUGAACACUCGGUUGUAUCCGAGUUGAGCCAAAUCUUCACCAUCUUGUGGAAGGAAAUCGGCCAGAAUGUUGAAGAGCAACCCAAUGAGGUCCAGGCACCAGCGCCUCUGUCCACAGUGAUGGUAGUUUGAUAUUGGUGGCCAUUGACGAUGAAAGCAGCCACAGAUACUCAAAUGAGUCGCAGGUUGAGGUGAAAUGUAUUUGGAGGACUCAAAGGCUUGAAGACUUCACAUCAGCUCAACAGUGGCUUCCUCAAAACAUGGACACAACGACCCCAAUCUGUGCUUAAAGCUGCAGUAUAUGUACCUAUUUAUUUUUAAAAAAAAGUUUAUUACGUAUUUGGACUUUCGCAAUCUUGUGAGAGUAUAACACAAGACGGAUAAUCCACCUCUUCCGACUAUUUCUACAGCCAGCUGCAGAAAUACACAAAGUGGUCAGAAACAACCAAUCAGAGACAGGAGGAGAGUCUUAGCACUGUCAGUCAAGCUUAUGUAUGCGCUGCUUAUGUCCUUCCCUACUGCUCUCUGCUAAACUACAGCAAGUUCCCCUCAACAUAGCCUGUCAUAAAUGCUAAGGCUAGUUAGCAUGGCUACCAUGACACAUAAAUAGUUUUCCAGGAAUAGUAAGGUAUUUGCUGCACACUGAGCAGCAAAUAGACGAGAUUGAUUGACAGCGCUGGUUGUUUUUGACCAGGAACUAUUCAAUUUGCAGAUGGUUAUAACAGCUUGUUUUUUUUAUUUAUUUCUUAAGUUGAUCUGUCUCAUAUCAUACUGUUACAAUAUGGUGAUAGAAUUAACAGAUAUAUGUAAUAUAAAAAACCCAACAUAUUUUCUAUGAAUUUACAUACUGCUGCUUUCAUUUCCUGUGAGAAUCACAAAUCCAACCAGAAUUAUGCCAUCAAUUGCUACAAAUGCAUGUAGUUCAGGUGAAGCUUUCUUUGGGACCAUUAACCAAAUAUUUUGCUCCCAACAAUACUGUAAAUUCAAACUUCUGCACUCUUGUUUUUAAAAACUCACUAAAGUUGGAUAUUGAAUCAACAGCUAAAAAGCAUAAAAAUCAAAACAUCCACGCCGAUAGCGAACGUCACGAUGGCCGCAUAUAAACUUCUGACCUGAACUGGACUCGCUCCUCUUUUUGCCUCCUCAGAACUUGUGUUGCUGUUGAGUCGUGAGCCCAAACAGUGUGAACCGAUGUGGUUGGUGUGUGUGCUUCAGUGGUUUUCAGCUCUGUACCGUGUUGCACCUAUCUGUCUGUCUUUAAAACAAAAAAGAAAUGGAAUGUUACUCAUUCACAGAGUGAUGUUUGUGUUAAACCAGGUGACUGUGUCUUUAAAAGACACUGGACUUUUGUCAGGGUACUACUGUGCUCCACCGGAUUCCUGAAACAUGCUGUAUGUUACAUGUGCAAUGUCCUGAACUGAAGUCAUGCUGUUUUUUUUUGUUGUUUUUUGUUUUUAAAUCUCCUUCAAGAUGUUUAACUUAUUCCAGUGCUGUAAAACUCCAUAAAACUGCCUGUAUAUGUGACCGGUGUAGAUCCCGUGUGUUCAGAAUCACACGUCACUGCUGUUUCCUCCAACAAUAAGAAUCAGGAUCACAUUGUAAAGUAGCAUGAACCUGAAAAAUGUUGGACCUGAAUUAAAAUGCCUUAUUACUGCAUUGAGGACGGCGUAUGACUUUCAUCCGUCUGUGGCUCCUCCACUUGUUUAAUAAGUAAUUGUGCUUCAGACAGGUUUGCUUUGUCCGUGUCUUUCGGUGGGGACUCGUGCCGGUGGUUAUCGGCGUCCCUUUGCUCCGCAGGCGGAACGGUAAGUUCAGAAAACGCAGCGCUUCUGAAUAACCAAACCUGGAGGAAAUCAGAUUUUCAGAUUGAUACAUUAAAUUACAGCCAGACUGCGGGAGUAAAAUCUACAUUUCUAAAGUGGAUCAGCUUUUGGCUCACUGUAGUGAAUUUAUAUUCGCCCAACUUCAUUGUGCGAUCUUCUUUGCAUACUUUAUUGUGAUGGCUGUGUUCUCCGACACUUUCCAAUAAAAGUGAUUUCCUUUUGCUA